UAACCACAUUGUGUGCGCGCGAUUCGAUUGAAAUACCGUCGAUCGGGUCGUCGCGGUGACAUUUGCGACGGUACACUCGACACGAGUCGGAGAAGUCCGAUCGGCGGACACCGACGACUCAAACGUUUCGCCGACUCCGCGGGUGCGUACGCGCGUUUCGAGGCGACCGAUCGUCUCUCGUCGCGGCGAUAAACGUCGUUAGCGGUAUCGUCUGUUCCCCGGCCAUGGACACUGGCGGCGACGCGGCGACGGGACCGCCCGCCGACGGCGGUGGCGUCGGCAGCAGCCUGUCCGACCUGUUGGCCGGUUCGCUGGCCGGCGUGGCCGUCGUGCUGGUCGGCCAACCGCUGGACACGGUCAAGACCAAGCUGCAGACGUUCCGGGGGCUGUACGCGGGGCCCGCCCAAUGUCUGGUGCACACGUACCGGAAGUCCGGUAUGCGGGGCCUGUACGCCGGCUCGUCGCCGGCCAUGGUGGCCGGGGUGGCCGAGAACUCGGUGCUGUUCGCGAGCUACGGCUUGUGCCAGCGCGCGGUGGCCGCGGUCACCGGGGCCCGGGACGCCAAGCAGAUGGACGCGUUCAGCAACGCGGUGGCCGGCUGCGCGGCGUCCGUGUUCUCGUCCGUGGUCUUGUGCCCCGCCGAGCUGGUCAAGAUUAAGCUGCAGGCGGGCCGCGAGCUGGCCGAAUCCCGCGGCCAGCGGUUCCAAGGUUCCGUGUACCGCGUCACCAAGGACAUCGUGAGGCACCACGGCCUCGGAGGUCUGUUCCGCGGACUGGAGAUGACCGUGGCCCGGGAAAUGCCCAGCUACUUCUGCUUCUUCGGCGUGUACGAGGCGGUCCGGGAGGCUCUGAAACCGGUUGGCCAAACCCGGGCCGACUGCGGCCUGCUGGCCACCACGGCGGCCGGGGCCGCGGGCGGCGUGCUCCUGUGGACGGUCACGUUCCCGGUGGACGUAGUCAAGUCUCGGAUACAGCUGGAUGACGCGAUGCCCACGCGCGGCUGGACCAUGUGCAUGUUGCACGUGUACCGAAACGAGGGCGUGGUCGCGCUGUACAGCGGCCUGGCGCCAACGCUCGUCCGUUGCGUCCCGUCGUCCGCCGUGCUGUUUCUCGUCUACGAGUACACCAAAAAGCUGUUCGACCCCUAAGCGCGGAUCGGUGGCGCGGAGAACGCACCUCUAAUCGGGGACGGGCUCUCUAUAACUGGUCCAACUCUCGGACAUGCCGAGCUUCAAGAACUUUGAAAGGCUAUUCGAAGUUUCUGUAAACGAAUACUAUUGAAACCGCGAAUGCUUCGACCCCGAUCGUUUCAAAUGGUUCGCGAAAAAUCGAGUUUAAUACCGAUACUCUUAUAUUAUAUUAUAUUAUAUCAUAAUAUCGUUUUUAUAUACCUCCGUUGAAUUGUACACCACAAGAACGUAAAUUAUAUAUUUUAUUUAAAAUUAAAAUGUAUUUAUGAAUUAAAUUUAAAGUUCGAACCUAACCUGACGUUAGAAGGGUUCAAAAAAGGUUCGAGUAAAAAACGGUUCGGUCUUGAACCGCAUUAUUUCGAUAAAAAAAAACAAAGUUCAAUUUCGUGUCGACAGAGUUCAAGAACAUUUAAGACAUCACACUAUCGUUCAAUGACUACUGUCUACUCACUUCGACCAUUGAAGUUGAUCGUAUACAUCGGUAUACGUAAUAUUUAUUUUGUUAUAAAUAUUGUAUAUUACUUACGACAAUCUUUUUGCUGUAAUGAAUACGUCUACUUUACGUUAGUGUAUUUGUAUUUUUUUUUCUAUUAUACCCAAUAAUUGUAACGUCUUAUGUCAUUAUAAAAUUGUAUUUGAAAACAAUUUUCUCAACAUGCACCAUGAAUACGCUAUUUAAUUAUAUAAGAAUAAUGACAAUUUUAUUUAACGGAAUCAAUAGUUAUAAAUACUAUUAUAAUAUUAUGUGUAAUUAUUUUUUUUUCACAUUUUUAGCCAUCAAAAAUUAAAAUUUACAUACUAUAUUUAUGUUAUUUAUUACUGUAUAACUAAAAUGUCUAUAAUAUUAUAUAAUAGCUAAAGUCAAUUUUAGAAAGUAACUGAAGUUAAUUCUUGUCAUAAAAAAAAUUACAUUUAUUUACGAUUUAUACGAGAUUUAUCUCUUCGAAUUAUUAUAGUUGUAUCCUAUAUUUUUUUUUUUUUUUUUAUGAAAUGUAUGUGUAAUAAAAAUGUAUUAUUUUUAAAGUACGAGUAUCAUUAUAGUUGUUGCUAUCGAUGUAAACAUAUGCUGUAAUUUUAAACCUAUAUAUUAUUCUAGUGUUAAUUAUUUUUUAAUUUUUAUAAUAGUAUUGUGAUAUAUCAUAUUAUAAUGAUUUAAUUUAUUUAUAUUUGUAACAAAACACCGUAACACGUGCACUACCCGAAAACCAUGUCGCACUCUACGAUACAGUAUCACACACUUCUAUUCAUCAUUAGUAACAAAGCCAGUAAGAGAUAGCGCUACUGUGCAAUUUCUUUUCAGAACAAUAACCGCCUACGAACAUUAACUAUUUAAAAACACUAUUAAUUAAUAAAUAAUAUAUAUUACAAUAACAUAAUUCACGUCAAUAAAUCCAUCUAAUCACACAAUCCCGAUACCGUUCACCAAAUAAACCCUAUAUAUUUAAUAACUUUCUUAUUAAAACCAUAAUAUCAAUUAUUAUUAAACACCUAUAAUAACCAACCCGUACGAAAGACAUAAAUGCCGGCCGAUGCGACAUUGGCACCACAGCCUUCUUACGCUAAUACAGCUAGAGACACGUUGAGGUCAGUAUAAUAUUAAUGUGAUUAAACCGGCAACAACAUGCUAUGGCGUGUUGCAUUACGGUACGCAACAAUCGUUCUUAACGUGUUUACAGCUUCUCUUUUUCGUUACGUUUUCAUUCUGUUCCCGGCAACGACUACAAUUAUUAAUACAGCGUUGCAAUACGGGACACCAACUUACGAACCGCGACUAUCCAUCUUCCUCUACUAUCUACGUGUUACGGCAACAGCACAUAGCGUGUUGCAAUACGUAACAAUGUGUAGAUAUAGGCGACGGUGUCCGUUUUUAAUCCCACUCAGUGCGUUCGGUUAAACAUAAUUUUUCCCUAUACCCAUAUAUUGUCCAGCAACAACAGAUAGCGUGUUGCAAUUAUACGGAUAUAGUAUAGGUAUAGCCGACGGUAUCUGUUUUUAAUAGUAUAAUUCCAUUCCGUGCGUUUUCGUUAAAUCACAUUAUCCUCAUACCUAUAUUUUCCGGCAACAACAGAUAGCGUGUUGCAAUUAUACGGAUAUAGUAUAGGUAUAGGCGACGGUGUCGGCCGUGUAUCGCGUAAAUUACCGGAAUAGUCUCAGGAAGAUCAUUACUUAUAAUACACUAACACAGCCCUUAUAUUAUUAUAUUAGUAUAUAUUAUUUUUAUAAAACUGAAUCCUUUGUGAAUACAUUGUAAAUUUGUAAACCGAUGUCGGUAAAACAUAUAUAUAAAAAAAAAAACAAUGUAUAUUCGAUUUAAAUAAAAGUUAAUGAAUUGUAUCAAGAAAAACAGAGUUCUUACAUUUCGUUACAUAUUAUAACAUAAUGUUUAUUGUUCA